AUGGCGUCUGCUGCUCUAGGAGACGAGCUGAGCUGUUCCCUCUGCAGGAACCUUUAUACGGAGCCGGUGUCACUGAGAUGCGGACACAACUUCUGCCGGGAUUGUAUGGUGACUUUUCUGGAUACACAGAGGGGACCUGGAGUUUAUUUCUGCCCAGAAUGCAGACAGGAGUACACGGAGUGCCCUAAUCUGGAGAAGAACAAGAAACUGUAUAACAUUGUGGAGUAUUUCAGAUCUACUCAACCCAAAACAGAAAAGACUAAGAUCUUCUGUACAUACUGCCUGGACUCCCCACUACCGGCAUCCAAGACAUGUCUACACUGUGAGACCUCCUUGUGUGAGAAACAUCUGGUGGCUCAUAAUAAGUCGGUGAAUCAUGUUCUAAUUGAACCCACCACGUCCUUUGCCGCCAUUAAAUGCCCCAUACACAAGGAGAUCCUGAAAUAUUACUGUACACAGGAGAAUGUUUGUAUCUGUAUGUCCUGCUGGGUGGCCGGGGACCAUGUGGGGCACAAGAUGGUACUUUUCAACGAAGCCUACAAGAAUAGGAAAGAAAAACUGAAAGACGAUGGCGUGAAACUGACCCACUGCAGACAGGGGAUUGAGAUGAGAAUCCAAAAUCUGGAAAAUCAUCACAUGAAAGAAGAAAAAAAAGCAGCGGAAUUCACGGGGAGAGUCACUGAGCUGUUUAGAGACAUCAGGAGAUAUCUGCAUGGUGAAGAGAAGAGAGUUCUGACCGAGGUCUCCAGACAGAAGGAGAAGAUCUCGCUGUCCAUCUCAACUUUGACCAAAGAGCUAGAGGUACGAAGGAACAAGCUGUGCGAGACUGUUUAUGACAUCGAAGAGUGCCUUGAUAUUACAGAUCAGAUGACUUUCUUGAAGACGAAUCUAAAAAGUGAUGGCAUAAGUAUUAGUGGUGACAUCGACAGUGACGUGAGCGAUGCCGGAUGCCUGGAUGAGGUGAUGAUCUCGCUGGUGUUAAACAGAGGACUUCACCUAUUUACAGAAAAUGUAAAGCACCUGAAGAAAAACCAGAAGUUCUUGGUGACCAAAAAUUCAGAUGUCCUCCUAGAUCAAGAUACAGCCAAUCGUUUCAUUACUAUAUCUCAGGAUUUAAGAUCAGCUACUUAUAUGGGGACUUGCCAGAAGAAACUCAUUGGCCCGGAGAUACUUUGUGGUGUUCAGGUGUUAAGUACACAGAGCUUCUCAGCAGGAAAACAUUACUGGGAGGUGGAUGUGAGCGGAGCAGAGGAAUGGCUGAUCGGGGUAGCUGCCUAUAACAUAGAGAGGAAGGCCAUGGGACCUAAAAUGCCUUUUGAUAUCAAUGAAAAGUGCUGGGCUAUUGGUUUCAAUGACAAGUCAUGGUCUUUACAGUUUUUCAGCGAGCUUAUAGCUAGUCAUAAUGAUGUACAUAAAACCAUUGUUUUGGAUUCUCUUGUACAAGCUAUGGGGAUCUAUCUGGAUUAUGAUGAGGGACGUCUGUCUUUCUACCAGAUGUGUGACCCCAUCAGACACACUUUCACCACCACCUUCACUGAGCCCCUAUACGCUGCUUUUACGUUGCCCAAAAGUGGCUGUGUCAGGAUCAUACCCUAA